AUGAAGCCCACGUUCUCAAUAACACACCCUAACUGUCCCUUAACUGUUUCUUCCCACCUCAAUUACUACUCAUUUCAGUCUUUUAUCAUCUUUUUCUCUGCAAUUUCUGACCUUCAAACACAAACAAUUACUCAAAAAACCCAGAAGGAAAAGAAAAAACAAGACUAGCUUACAAUGAUGAAAUGGGGAAGAAAGAAACCUUCUAUGUCUCCUUCACCGUCUCGGUCUACCUCCAUUUCUCAUGCCUUUCCCAUUUCUUGGUUGUCAAAGUUGAAGCAAAUGGGUGGCAUUUCUCAGCACAAACACACAAAGGAAAACCGGAAAGGAAAAGGGAAACUGAAUCCGGAGUCCGGUAGUUCAUCGCCAUGGCCUGCUGCAAGCUGGAAGGAUGGCAGAUUCUACUGUGGGGAUGAGGACUCGUAUUGGAGGCUUUCGUUCGGAGAGGACAGGCUGCUUCAGGGGGAGAAGAGUGGAGUUGGAUUGAAAUCCGUCCGGUAUGAUUCUGAUGAUGAGCUUAAACUCCCCUUUUCGAGCUGUGAGAAUUGCAACUCCAUUGCUAUGGAAAUGGCAGGAAGAGGAGAGAUUUACAAGUUCAGUGACAUGGUCUCAGAUGGAAGGAAGAGGAGAGAAUUGCCUCGGAACGUGGAGGUUUCACAUGAAAUUGUCACACCUAACAGAGGAGCAAAAGAAAGAGCGGUGAAAGAACUCAAAAUACCAAGGAGAAAAGCUGUGAAAAUUCAAGCAAUCGAAAGUGAUCAUCAUCAUCAACAACAGUCAAUAGCUUCUGAUUUAAGAAAAUCAAGAAAAUCUAAUGUGAGCACAAUUGAAGAAGAUUGUGUAUUUGAAGCUCUGACUUUGAAGGAAACUAAUGGACAGUCCAAAGAAAAGAGUCGAGAGUGGCAAAACUUGAAGGACAUGAAGGUCAAAGAACUUGGGUCUAAAGGUGAGAGAGGGAGAGACUCUGUGUACAUAAGCAGGAAACCGCAGAGAAGAACAAAACAGAACGGCAAAGUCAGAGCUUAUUCGCCGAGAACAGCGGCGAGGGUCGAAUGCAAAAUCAAAGCCCUAGAAGACAUGAAGAAAGCAAAGAUCAAGAUGAUGAAGAAGAAAACAAAGGGUGGAGAAGUUGAAGAGAGAACAACCUUUGAUAGCUUUGCUGUGGUAAAAUGCUCGUUUGAUCCGCAACAGGACUUCCGAGAUUCGAUGGUUCAAAUGAUCACGGAAAAAGGGAUCAGACAGGCAGAAGAGCUUGAAGAACUCCUGGCUUGUUAUCUGACAUUGAAUUCUGAUCAAUAUCAUGACCUCAUAAUCAAAGUCUUUCGGCAGGUUUGGUUCGAGCUGAACCAGGUAUAUUUCGUGCCUGAUUUUCAGAAUGCACCCGGUUGCUAAUAUGUACUCUUCCAUCUAUAUCAACUUGUAAUGAUAUGCUAUACCAGUAUGAUGCUACUAUUUAUAGUAAGUUACAAUUUUAGUCUCAAAUCUAAGGGUACUUGUAGAAGCAAAUUGUAUGAAUUCUACAAUGGGAAUGUUAAACCAGAAAG